UCUCGAUGUAGUUUUAGUAAUUCCUCAACCGUUGCGGCGUUAACUCGCUAAUAUUCAUCGUUUUUUACUACAAGCCGGGCGAGUCUUGACUCUAUAAGCCCUCUCUCUUUCUCAAAAAAGAGGGUUUUAUACUUCUUUAAGAAUUAAUUAUAUUUCUAUAGAACUUUUUGUUCGGUCAACAAAAAAAAAGAAAGAAACUAUGCAACUUGCGAUAAUAUUAACAUCCGGUUGCUUAUUGAUUCAAAUAUUUUAUCAUGGCGCCGUAGUUUCAGCUGAACCAUCAGUUCAGGACCCCUCAUCAAAAGAUGUGCAUAACAAAACAAACGUACUGUGGAAUUCCACCUUCAAUGACAACCUUAAACGUGAUCUUUUUGUCAACUAUAACAAGUUUGCUCUGCCAAUGUUUAAUAACAAGCCUACCGACGUUAAAAUUGGACUAACAGUGCGUCAUGUAGAUAUAGACGAAUUAAAAGGAAAAAUAACUGUUUACGGGUGGAUUAGAAUGCAAUGGCAAGAUGAUAAAUUCAAAUGGUCACCAUCGGAUUACGGAAAUAUUGCAACCAUGCAUGUAGCUGCUGAUGAUGUUUGGCGACCUGAUAUUGCCCUCUUCAACAGUGCUACUGAUCGUGACGAUCAUUUAGGUGGAAGUCAGCUGAUUGUUGCCCAAACAGGCACUGUUUUGUGGGUGCCACCAGCAGUCUUCACAGCCUUUUGCAGUUUAGAUCUUCAACUUUGGCCAUUCGAUACUCAAGUCUGUAAUUUGAAAAUCGGUUCAUGGUCAAUGGCUGAUAUGAAAUUAAGUCUUUAUGGUGGAAAGGAUUCUGAAACUGAAGUAGACUCAAUGGUGGAAAACAACGAAUGGGCCAUUCGAAAAGUUUCGACGAAAUUCGAAACUAGCGAGCAGUUUUAUAAUUUUGUUAAAUUUGAAUUUGUACUUGAUCGCCGUGCUGCCAUGUACAAAGCAUUGAUCUUUACUCCAGCAUCUUGUAUAGUUCUUCUGGUGCUUUCCAGUUUUUGGUUACCUCCUCAAAUGGGUGAAAAACUGUUACUCAAUGGAAUCGUUAUCAUUGUAAUUUCAGCAUUUCUAAUGUACUUUGCUCAGCUGCUUCCUGUGCUAGCACAAAAUACACCUUUAGUUGUGUUGUUUUACAGUAGCAGUUUAUUGCUUGUUAGUUUAUCAACAAUUGUAUCUGUGAUUGUACUCUACUUGUCGAGUGCUAAACAUCGUCGACGGGUGCCAUCGUUUAUAAGAAAUCUUCUCAAUGGACCUUUGAGCUAUUUUCUUUUUUUGUCACAUUUGAGUCCAGAUAUUGAUCCAAAGCAUAACGCGCAGAAUGAAUUGACCGAACAAACACCUGAUGUAUCACCAGGCUUUGACGAUCAACAAAGUAUGUUCGCAUCGACAACAAGAUCAAUCCAAUUUGAUUGGAUCGUUUUGGCCACAGCUAUAGAUCGCAUAAUGUUCAUCUUUUAUUGCAUAGUAUUUGUCAUUCUGGCCAUAACCUACUCAGUGUAAAAUAAUGCUUGUUCUUUUUGUAUCUAAUAACGAUUAUACUAAUUUGAAUAAAGUCACUUAAAAUUAAA